GCGCAGUUAUAAAUUAAUGUAAAUGACCUGAUAAGAGAAGAUAACUAUGUGUAGAUAUGUAGGUAGGUACUGUGUAAAUAGGUUAGGGAAAGGGGGGGGUACAAAAGGACAGGCUUUCCGCCUUGCAGAUCAACUACCCAAACACAACUGACAGUUACAUAGGCAACUUUACCUCGUCAAUCAUUUUAAUGAAAUCAAAUUGACAGAAAUAACUAAUACGCGCUGCCUUACCGCUACAUAAAUCUCGAUUUCCUCCGACAUGAAACAGAAACACUACUAGGUACUACCUAUAUCAUAUUCUAUGUAUAGGUAUCAUCCAUACUAGGUAGGUACCUAGUACUAGGUACUAUUCAGACAUUCUGCCCUGCGUGGACUCCGUGGAGUCUCUCACUGUCGUCCUUCAUCAGGGACCAGGCAGCAAUAUAGUGGAUACGGGACUAUUUUAGCUGCCUGCACCCUCUUAAGCCAUGAGACGUCACCCUGACCUACGCGCUAACAUACCGCAAACGCGGUACAACCGGCCAUGGCCGGAAUGGGCGCACCCCGCGAUGAACGGAGCGUUUGCGAUCGCCACACUCAUCUUAGGCAUUCUAUCCUUCAUCCAAAAGCCGUAUUUCUAUAUCAUGUGGAUAGUGAUUGUCGUCAGUUGCAUUGUUUCGGUAAGUCUCACUCUCUUUGACCCUGAGACUACGUUCGAGAGUCGCAAGAUCAUGCCUAAUGGGGAGGUGGUGACGGUGCGAAGGCGGAUUGUUGGCUUUAGAAAGUGCGAGAGAAUAGUGGGUGUUACGGGGAACUACGGAGUAAGGCAAAAGGGUCUUUAGCUGAAAAGGGAAAAAAGAGAAAAUUUAUCAAAUUCGGUUUGUGAAAAUGGGAUGGCGCAAAAGAACCACGAUAGAUGGACGACACAUUAAUCUCACUUACUUACUC